AUGUCCGAAGUUAUGAACACCCUAAGCCAACUUGGGGCUGAAUUGGACGGGGCAUUAUUCCGGGCAAACCAACAGAUUUCUUCAGAGAUUUGCCACGCCGUAAAGGAUUCUGUUUCCUUGCGUACCACCUGGCCAACAGGUCUUGAGGCAGCUCGGAUAUGCCGUCGGGCCAUCGAACUAAAUACUCACCAGUCGGCAGUAUUGAGGGAUGAAGCUGACGAAGAUGAGCGAAUCGAGAUGGAAUCUGAUACUGAAAGUGCUUGGGGUGGUGAUACGUCUAGUCACUCGGAUCACCAGGAUGGAGCCGAGGAGGAAGACUUCCAACAAGGGGAUUACGGUGAAAGUCAGGACGAGGAAGAUAUAAUUUCCUGGGAAGAUAAAUACUCCACCAUCGUGAGAGCCAGUUUGAACUUAGCUCGUCUGCUCAGAUCGACCGCGCUUCUUGGUGACAGGCGUGACAAAGAGACCCAAGCUCUUCAGUGCUCCAACGUGGUGAGAUGUUUCGCCCAGGAUUACGGUAUUGCGUAG